GAUUGUUAUCCCUGAGGGAUAACCCCUCUUUACUCUUACCAACUAAGUUCGUAUCCACAUUUGAGCUUUUUACCGUACUGCCGUUUCUUUUUGACCUUAGCGACACAUCUGGCAUCAUUCAAAACUUAAAAAGCAAUGGCGCAAGACUUUACCAGCGAUUAAGGGAUAACAGUCUAAUAUUGACAUUGCAAUAGAUUGUUAGAACUGAAUUCUGCGGAUUAGAGGAAUAUGCACUUUCUUCACAAUUAACCAGUCAUAGCAGUAAACAAGAACGAAGGUGGACAUGCAUUCAACACCAAAGACCUAUUCGGUUUCUCACCAAUGUCAAUGAGUAAUUUAAACAAGUUAAGAGUGGCAUCGUUAUCGUCAAUAGUAAGCAGGGAUUAGCUAAUGGGACAGAGUUGUUCAUAUAUGCAACCUGAGAACCAAUUCAUUGGGAUCCUCUGCUGAGAGACAAAACAGUAACAAUGGGUGAUCAGCAGAUACUUGUCGGACAUAAAAAACCCUCAGAGGUACAAAAAACUUACUUUGGACAAAAACCAGUUACUCCUAAAAAAGUAAGAGUCCUUCCUCAGUGUACUCUCAAAGAUAUGAUAUACAAAGCCUUGGAGACAUCAUCUAAUCUGAGAGGAAUCAGACCCAGGGAUAUAAAGAAGUUUAUCGAUGUAAAAUACAAUAUAAGCCUUGACUCUCAGCAUAUUCUCAAGGCUAUACAAGCAGGCAUUACUAAUGGUGAAAUUUUACAAAUAAAAAGAAAUGGAUCAAAAGUUCCUGUCAGACGCUACAGAUUAUCGAAAUACACAAAACCAAAAGUUCAUUGUGCAGCACAGAAGAAUAAGACCCCGGUACCCUCAGUGAAAUCUAUAAAUUUCAAAGAACAAAGAAAAACAAAAACAACUGAUACUGAAGCCAUGGAUAAAAUGAUAUUCGGUGAAAUUAAAAUGGAGACCGAUGAAGAAUUGGAACUGGCUCCAAUUGUUGAUCACAAUGUUUAUUUGGUAGACAAUUGGUCUGAGAUUGACUCGCUAAAAUAUGUACAACCUGUAAAUGCUCAGAAACCAAAACCCAUUAAUCGGAUAAUAAAUGCACAGCCUGCUAAUGAUCAGAGACUGCAAUCGAAAGUCCAGAUAAAAAAUAGCAGCAGAUUAUUCAACACAGGUUCAAAUGCUAUCGACGCAGCUGAAAUAGAUUCUAUGAUAUCACAUGCUUUGCAUUCGCCGCCAAAUUCAAGCGGCAUUCUCCUUAACGAGAUAGUUGAAUAUCUUGGCAAACAUUAUGGUAUUGAUGAACAGCGUUCAUUACCGUACAUUCAGGGGUAUCUGAAAUACAGCGUUAAGAAAGGAGUUCUGUUCAAAAACGGCAAUAGGUAUAAAAGGACUCGCACUGUGGGCAAGAUUGAUUCAUACUCAUCUACACAAAAACAUGCUGAAAGCAAUAUCGUCGAUGUAACCACAAAUCGAGAAACAGGUGCUUAUAAUCAUCUGGCAAUUAAUGCAGUAAAUUUUCCUGCAAAUGCCGUUUAUUUACCAGAAUUUAAAUUAGAACCAGAAGACAGAGAAAUCGAAUCACGUUCAGAACCAUUAUUGGAUGGCGAGGAAUUGCAACUAGUUAGGACUAAUAAUGUUAUUCAGUCAAAUGAAAAAAAAAGGAGGGCAGCAAAUAUUACAAAAUGCAAAUUUCAGGUGAAAAGUAAGAAUUUGCCAGCAAAACAUUGCGUUUCUACCAUUGAACCAAUGAAAAAGAGAUCACUCACAGGGAUUGCUGCACAAUGCAAUAUUCAACUGGGUAAAAAAAAGCUGGAACAGUUUACUGGUGUAAAUAUUAUGUCGGCCCAGUUUAUCGAAGUAGAAGACUUAUUUAUCAAACAAGAAUUGGCCGAUGAAGAAGCAAAUGAAGAAUCCUCCACUUCAUUUGGAGAACAUGGAACGAGGGUUGAAAAUUGGAUACAGCAGGGAUACAGCAAUUUUAGGAUUGAACAGGCUUCAUCAUACAACGGAACUUACAAACAGAGUGUAAACAAAUCUCGUUCUACAGGAUAUGACGAUUUUCAAAUAUACAGAGUACAACAGCAAAAGAAAAAUACUGCCAAAUCUUUAUCCGAAAUGAGUGAAAAACCUUUAUUCACACGAGAAAUGUUGGAAAUGAUAAGUAACUUCAACCCUCACAGUAUUUCUAAAGAGUCGAUGUUCAGUAUAGAUGAAAUACGUGAGUAUAUCUCUUGGUGUCCAAUGUCAUUCGUGGAUAAUCAAGACGCGUCAAUGGCGGAUCUCUUUUGGAAACAGGUUGAACUGGAGAAUAAUGUUUCGUGCCUGAGGCUAACAAGUAAUGAAGUUACGAGUAGCGAUAGUCUGGAUUGCAGGGCGUGCGGAUUCCAGUUGAAAUUUGGCGUAUCAUACUGCAAUACCUGUCUUCUGCAAGUUGAAAAUACGAUGAGAAAUUGUAAUAUUUGCCACCUGAUUUGCAAUCGUGGGGAUGUUUUUUACAAACACUUUAUAUGGGAGCAUACACCGCUGUUGCAUGAAAUAAACCAAGUUCCUCCAUCUCCAGCCAUUGAUAAUAUACAGAAGUUAUUGAAUACACUAGUUAAAAACAAUCUGUUUCGAUGCAGGCUAUGUGCUUUUUCGACAAAUAGAAUACAGGUGUUUGACGUUCAUUUAAUUGAUUAUCAUACUUUAAAACAGACUGUAUUUCCACAACUACCAGAAGUAUCUGAACCUGAAAACGUGUUCAUCUUUCGAGACGAAGUCACAAACACCUGCUGUCACAAAUGUAAGGAAUGCGAUUUCAUGUGUAACAGAAGGGAAUUCAUGGUUCAACACAUUCUUGAUGGACAUAUUAUUGGGGAGGAUGAAUCUUAUGAGGAUUGGUUCUUCAGGAUUAGCAAUUAUGAAGAAAGGAUGAUUAAUCAGAAACCUAGGAGAGAUGCGGCAGAUUUGAAAAUUUAUUCUGGUCUCUGCGAUGUGUGUGGAAAAUUUUUCAAUAACGUGUUACAUCACAUAGAACGGCAUCGUCUAAAUUUCAAGCAGAACAAUAUUCAAGAUCGAGACAACACUGUAUUAAAUACUGUAAAAGAAUCAACCUCAUUUACUAAUGGUGUACUUACAUACUCAAAGCAGCCACGGAAGAAGAAGAAGUCACUCAAUCCAGUUUUAUGUUAUAUCUGUGGAAAGAUUUUAUGUGGCACACACACGUUUCACCAACACAUGCGUAUCCACACUACUGUGAUGUACGACUGCAAUGUAUGUGGAAAACAGUUCAACAGACAGAGUAACCUGAUUACACACAGGCGGGUUCACACGCGUGAAAAGCCAUUUGAAUGCGAUAUAUGCAAGAUGGUAUUUGGAUAUAAAUGCAGUAUCAAGGGACACAUUGAAAAUGUCCAUUCGGAAACCGUUAAGUGAAGAUAAACUGUGAAUCAUUUAUUAAUAUCAAUACAGCCAUAACCACCAUAUAUUAUGUACGUCAGUUUUUUCAUCUGCAAUUUUGCAGAUGCAAAUCGGAAUUUUCAUCGACAAUUUAGGAGUAAUACAUAAAUUCAUUCAUCAUUCAUCUUAUCGAUGAAAAAAAUUUCAAAAUGCUUGACUUUACAAACUAUGUAACAUGUUCAUAGUACAUGUAACAAGUACAUUGUAUUGAUGCAUCUAUUCUUCACUGCAGGAUCGGAAAUUUUUUUAAUUCUGUACGCUUUAAGUGUCUUGUUAAUCCUCAUAUGAUAUAUAAACUGAAAGUUGAUUAGUUAUUUGUAAACGUACUUCUCCAUGUUAACAAAUCUACGAUUUUAUGGAAAAUAUUAUUCUUGUUGUUUAUUAUAUCUUAAUUUUAAGUAUUUUUACUCGUGUACGAAAUAAGUGAUUGCUUGGUCCAAGUGAUCCGGAUGUACUGUGAUUUAGUAAUAUAAAAUCAUUUCUUAAA